CCAGCCGAUCCCUCGAUUGUUUACAAAAAGUAGAGAGAGGAAGUGUCAAAUAACUUUGUUAAGUGGAAGAUUAGCCAGCGUGCGUUUAAAAUAAUCACCAACUUGGUGUCUAAGCCAAUUAAUAAAGGCGUUUAUCAGGUUGCGGUUAAGAUUUAAAGAAUAUUAAUGGAACACUGAAAUUCUUUAAAGCUGCUCAAUUUUCAGCUGCUAUUAAAACGGUGUUUUAAUUCUCACCCACCGCAACAAACUUUAAAGAAUUUCAUCACGUAAACUUGAUGAAAGUUGAGCGCUGUGAUAGGAUGUUAUCUGACUACGAUUCCCGCAUCGAACCCCGCUCGCUAGAGCAGGUAAUCGACAUAACUGACGAAGACUGCAGAAGAAAACAUCCUAGCGAAAUAUUUGAGGUUAGAAGCGUAUCAUCUGGUUGCGGGUCAUCAAUAAAAUCGCAGGAACUGCGAUUGAGAAUCCAGCUCCUGGAUGAACGGCGAAUGGUCCGGCUAAAACUUGCUGAACAAGAGGAAGAAUACUUUUCUCAAAAGCUUCAGCUUCUGGCGUUGUUGGGAGAUUCACUUUUGAACGAUGACGUCAAUGCAGAAUGUAUAGGAACAAAGCCGAAGGCGAAUGUGUCGGCUUGGCUGCAGAACUACACCAACGAACCAGAGAUGGAUUCUGCUUCAGCUUCAAAUUCCGACCUGAGUGAACAACAACAAUCGGAUUCGUCAACAAAGCCCGACUCACCUCUGCCGAAUUUACCGGUCCAGCAAGUGCCAACCGAGCAACAAAUGAUUUUGCCCAAUUCUUUUGGGUUCGAUCUCCGAACGGCAAAUCAACUCGCAAACGGGUCGGGGCUAGCCAGCACUGAAAAUGAUCUACCAGGACUGAGCCCUUCGCAGCUGGCUGCACGACAAGUGAUCGAGAAUGAGUUACCUUUGUUCGCAGGAGAUCCACUAGAAUGGCAAAUGUUCUACAGUGCGUUCCAGACAACUUCCGAAGCGUGUGGAUUCAGCGACGUAGAGAAUUUGUCAAGGCUGAGGAAAUGUCUACGUGGUCUGGCCCUGGAGUGUGUGAGCAGUCGUCUUUUGCUACCAGCGUGUGUGCCACGAAUAAUCGAAACCCUACAAAAUUUCUUCGGUCGUCCCGAGUUCAUUCUUGAGGCUCUAGUGAAGAAGGUUAGAAAAGCUCCGGGACCGAAACCGGACGACCUUUACUCGCUUAUUAUGUAUGGAAUUGCUGUCCAGAAUCUAGUUGAUAGCAUAAUUAUGUUGCAGCAACAGGAUUACUUAAGCAAUCCGAUGUUACUAAACGAAUUAGUAAGCAAACUGCCGAUGGAUUACCUUUUAAGAUGGGUCACUUUCAAAACCCCUUACAAGAAAGUAGAUUUGAGUACCUUCAAUGAGUACAUGUCUGAUUUAGUUCAAUUGGCUGUAGGAGUUACAAAUUUAUUUGAGCUAGAUUCCAUUCAUAACAAAAACCAUUCAACACAAGCCUGUGUAUAUUGUAGGGCCAGCGAUCAUGAUAUUACCUUUUGCGAUCAAUUUUGUAAUUUGAAGAUUGAUAGUCGAUGGAAAGUAGUACGGCAAGCAAAACUUUGCAAGAUCUGUUUAGGUACUCAUGCGCAGAAAAGAUGUUUUACAUCUACAAAUAAUCAUGACCAUCUUUUGCUACAAACUUAGGAAGCUGCCGAUGCUAAACGGGUCGGGGUAUGUUGCCGCACCAACUGUGCGACUUUUACGUUGUUGUUUAGCACCAGCCGAUCCCUCGAUUGUUUACUUAAAGUAGAGAGAAGAAGUGUCAAAUAACUUUGUUAAGUGGAAGAUUAGCCAGCGUGCGUUUAAAAUAAUCACCAACUUGGUGUCUAAGCCAAUCAAUAAAGGCGUUUAUCAGGUUGCGGUUAAGAUUUAAAGAAUAUUAAUGGAACACUGAAAUUGUAAGUCAAGUUAAACAUAUUAUACUUCUUCAACGACUAAUCGCAAUAAAAUGCAGCUUUAAAGCUGCUCAAUUUUCAGCUGCUAUUAAAACGGUGUUUUAAUUCUGACCCACCGCA